AUGGCGCCCAAAGGAACUCCGGGCAAGGAGAAGAAGGAGAGGACGGCUCAGUUCAAGUCGUACGAGGCGCAGGCGCGCCUGCUUUCCGCGUUGGUUGCCUCGUUGGGCAACCAUCGCUUCAACUACAACGACAUCGCCAAGUUCCAUGGCGGAGGGGUUACCGUCUCCUCCAUGGAGCACAAGUUCCGGGCCGCCAGGGCCCAGGCCAAGGUUACCACCGCCUUGGUGAAGGAGGGGUUGGAUCCUGGGGACUACGAUAUCCUAGUCCUGAAGCAGGAGUCCGGUAAGACCAGUUGCCUCUCCCAGCCAGCCGCCGUCGCCAUUGUCGCCGUUGCCGCCGUUGCCGCCUACUUCGGGGAGAGCACCGCAGACGGGCUGGCUUUCCAGUUCCGCAACAUCAAGAAGGGCGGCGAUGUUCUCAAGGCGGCUGCCCAGAAGGGCGAGGACCCCGUCGGCGCAUUUAGUGCCCAUCUGAAGGGUGGUGGGCGUGCCACCGGUAGUGUGCCGGCCACGCCGAGCACGACGAAACGGUCUCGGUCUACCAAGGCCACCGAGCCCGGCUCGGGCACCACCCCCACCAGCAAGCGGCGCAAGGCCGUCAAGAUCGAGCCCGAGGCCGGGUUUGACGACGAGGAGGAUUCGCCCGACUACUCGGAGCUUGACACCACCCCCACCAAGAUCAAGCCCAAAUCCCAAGGCAACGCCGGCCAGUUGGUUCCUCGCUCCGCCUGGGCCAAGCCCGCCGAGAAGCCGAAGCGCCCCCGCCUCAUCGCCAUUGCCCCGGCCCCACCUCGUCCUGCCGUGACCCAACCUACGGGUCCUUCGUACACUUUGGCGCCCAUCCCGGGCCUCAGUUCGUCGUCCAACCUGCCCAACGGGUACACUGACCCUGCCACCGGCUUCGGUUACAACGUCGCCCCUCCCCCUGCCAGAACCAGCGCCUCUCCGUCUGUUGCCAACGCCCCGGCCAUGGGUAUGACCAGCUCCCGCCGUGGCUCCGCUUAUUCCAGCGGCAGCUACACAGCCGACAGCAGCCCGGCCACUCCGAACCUAUCCUACUUGGACACGACUCCUGCUCAGACCAUGCAGAUGGGCAACAUGACAAUGAACAACGCCAGUAUGGACAUUAGCGCUGCCACCAACACGCCGUCCUUCAACACCAACAUGUUCAACUCCAUGCCUUCCCCCACCCCUUCUAUCCAGGACAUGACCAUCCCUCAGACAACCGCCUCCACCGACAACUUGGGUGGUACGACAACCUCGUUUGAGUACGAGGACAACCUCACCCCCGCGUUCACCACCUAUCCUGCUUCUAAUCUGUACGCACCCAUGAGAACCAACAACCAGAUGUGCACGGGCUUUGACCAAGACGAGGCCAAGCUUACCGCCGAUAUCGAUUUUGGUGGAUUCGAGGACCAGGGCGACGAGGAAGACGCGUGGGACGCAGGUGAUGUUUAA